GCAAUCGAGCACAUGAGGUGGCUAGGUCCCAGCGGCGUGGACCGUCAGGCUAUGAUCCGUCUCACUCGGCCAGACUACAAUGCUACUUCGGCGGCAGUACUGAUCAUAUAAUACCCUCCGUAUCUGACCCCGUAACGCCUUGUCGUUUCUACAGCUGGGAACUCCGAGCGACGAGAAAACGACAUGUCUGUAAGCUCAAGCGAAGUGUCAAUCCGCAUACUUAUGCUGCACGGAUAUGCCCAAUCUGGAGGGUGCUUUGAGAUCAAAACCAAGCCCCUCACAAGAAGGCUGACCAAGACACUGAGCGGACACUACAACACACGGGAGGAUAACAUUCAGCUUGUCUUUCCGGAUGCGCCCCUUCGGCUCGGGAGAUGUGGUGCCAUUGAUGGUGAAGCAGAUAUCACUGACUCGGGCAUUUACGGCUGGACACCGCUGUAUGGCACUAGUGAAGCGGUUCAGUACCAGGAAUUGGAAAGAAGUCUUUCCUUGUUAUCCUUCAUUAGCGAAAUACAAGGUCCCUUUUCCGGGGUGGUCGGAUUCUCUCAGGGUGCAGCGCUCGCUGCCAUAUUUGCAUCAUGGUGUGAAACAGAUUUCACCUUAGGCCGUCGCCAGGCGCUGCAAGACAUGGGCACGAAUCUCGAUCCAGCUUUAUCACGGCUACUGUCCAUGCCUCCGCAGAAGCCGCUGGAUUUCGCCAUUCUCUGCUCCGGCUUUCGAGCGAACAUGGAAUUCUAUCAUGGCUUCUACCAUCCUCCACUGUCGACGCCAUCCAUUCACGUGCUUGGGGAGCUAGACACUAUGAUCCCCAAGUCUAGUAGCUUGGAGCUGCUGGAGUCUUGUCAGGGUGCCAUGCUUGUUGAGCAUCAAGGUGUGCACUUUGUUCCCCGGGAUACUAUGGUUGUGGAGAAAAUCAUGCAGAGCCUCUUGAUGCUGCUGUGGUUCAAGUCGCCUCUUCCGUCACCAAGAUAUGAUUGUACCUACGGCCCCGGGACACGAGUGCUGCUUCAACCAUUUGACAAAUUCAUGAUGGCGACGUUACCUCCACACAACUGCUCGUCAACACUCGACUGUGCCAGUGCUACAUGCAGUCCCACAGGCAGUGAGAACAGCUCGAAUGUUUCACGCUCAUCCAGCCGAGGCUCGAGAAGACCCCGGAUCGUCCGGAGGUACCGCUUGUCGAGCUCUUAUCGGACUUGUUGACAAUCCUUCUUUCAGCUUUCAAUCAUUCUAACGUGUUUUUACUAAGACCGGCACAUGGUGUUUAUCGCUAUAUAUCCACAAAAUAUCAUGGCGGUGUCCUGGUGUUUGAGAGGGGCUCCUUAUCAAAGACCGAAUGUGCAUGAUCACAAGAGUCGAAAAUCCAGAUGAGCCCUGCGUGGGAGUAAUCGUAACGAGG